CGGGCGGGGAUGGUUUGAAAGGAGGCGAGCCCGGGCGGAGGUGAGCCUAAUGGCGCAGGAGCUGAGCCAAGCGGAGCUGCUGGACUUCCUCUGCCAAGCCGGGGGCCGAGUGGCCAACGCCGCUUUGCUGGCUCACUUCAAGCGCUUCUUGCGCGACCCUCAGGCGGGGCCCGGGCAGCUCCAGCAUCGCCGCCACCUCUUCAAGGGCUUCGUCAACUCCGUGGCCACCGUCAGCCAGGACGGGCCCGGCGCCGCCACUUACGUGGUGCUCAAGAAACGGUACCGGGACCUGGUCGGGGAAGUGGAGCCCGGACCGGCGUCCGAACGAUCGCCGCUCCAGCCAGCCAGGUGGGAUCGCUCGGGGGAAUCUGCCGGAGACGCUUCUCCCAGGGAAAGUCCCCAAUUGAGGCGGCGUGAGGAAGCCGAGAACGGCGGACGGUGGUCGGAUGGAGAAGCGGCGGCGGCGGGCCGGAGGAAAGCCGGCAGGUGUCUUUCUCCCGCCUCACCUGGAGUCGGAUCUCGGGCUCCGCCGCCUGCUAAGCCCACCCUGGGCUGCCUGAAGGGAGAGAAGAAGGGUCCCCGGCAGCCCCUGGCUGAACCAGCCGGCCCGGAUUGGCAGGAAAAGGCGCCUCGCUGCUCCAACGGCCUCGGUUUACCCGUCGGAGAAAUGGGCCCGCUUCCAAAUGGCGGCAGUGCCCAGCAAAGGAUUCGGGAUUGGAUCGUGACCCAUCAUGCGGCUUCCCCCGAGCAGCCCUUCCAACCCCUGGAAGCCUGCCAGGGCCCAGCUUGGUCUCAAAGCUCAGACUGGAGCUCCUGCCGUCCUUGUGGGUCGUUGGAUUGGGGACCGAGAUCCGAGUCUUCGGAAGGCUGGCUGGACCCUCCGGUGCCCGUCUUCCGCAGCAUCCGAUGCCGGCUUUCCUUGCAGGAUUUGGAAGAUCACCUGGAGCAGGAGAGCUCGACCAAUGAAGAAGGCAGCAGCGCCAGCAGAGAGAGCGGCUCCCAUCCGAGGGAAGGGGCAGCAGCGGGCAGGGCGAACUCUGCUGGGCACGAGGGGCCCGGGGACGCCCCUCACGGCAAUGGCGUGGAGGCGACGAUGCCCUUCGUGAUGCCCCUUGUCCAAGACUCCAAGCCCCCUCCUCACGUUGCUUUGCUGCGGCGGAUUGUUGGCAGGGCGGCCACCAUGGGCAAAACAGAAGGCAAGGAUCUGCUGAAGCCGAAGGCGAGGAAAACGGGCAGAUUGCCAUGCCCAUAUCUGGACGCCCCCUUAAGCCCCCGGCUGGUACUCAGACCAAAACCCGUGGCAAAUGCCCCGUUGGUGGAAAAGCUGGCCUCUAACCCAGACGACCCUGCUGUGCACAGGUCUUCCUUGGUGCCUUUGGAAGGGCGAGAACACACCUGGCUGGUGAAAAUUGCCACUGGGUCCUGGAUGCAGGUCCGGGCACUCCUCCAGGAAGACCCUUACCUGGUGCUCCACAGGGACUUCGUCUCUGGCUUCACGGUGCUUCACUGGCUGGCAGAACCGAACCAGACACACAUCUAA